AUGGCAACAAAGUUGGACCAACAACCUAUUCAGAUGCCUCACAUCCGCAAACUUUCAAAGCGUUACACCGAUGCCCAGUUCUACAACACCUUGGACACAGUGAAUACUCAGCCCAUAUCCACCCAGAUGCCGUUCUACAACACCUUGGACACAGUGAAUGUGGCCCCCGCCUGCAUCAGGGCCCUGACUAAGAUGCUGUACUGUCCGUACUGCAGGGGCCUGCCUGGGCUGAAGCCCUGUCAUAACUACUGCCAUAAUGUGAUGAGAGGCUGUCUGGCUAACCAGGCUGACCUAGAUCCCGAGUGGAACCUCUUCAUAGAUGCCAUGUUGCUGGUAGCUGACCGGCUGGAGGGACCCUUCAACAUCGAAGCCAUCAUGGAACCCAUAGAUGUGAAGAUCUCUGAAGCCAUCAUGACCAUGCAAGACAACAGCAUGACUGUUUCAGCUAAGGUGUUCCAGGGGUGUGGUCAGCCCAAGCCGUCUGGGAUGGGCAGCAGCAGAUCAGCCAGGGGGAUCUCUGAUGUCUUCAACGCCCGAUUCAGACCCUACAGCCCAGAGGAGAGACCCACCACGGCCGCUGGCACCAGCCUGGACAGACUGAGGACAGUGUGGAGGACAAUGCAACACAGCGUGCUCGACAUUAAGAAGAAGCUGAAGCAGUCCAAAAGGUUCUGGUCCAACCUGCCAGAUGAGAUCUGUAUUAAAGACAAGUUGACCGAGUCAGAUGAAGAGCAGUGUUGGAACAGUCACGCCAAGGCCAGGUAUUUUCCUGAGGUGGUAAAGGACGGCCUCACCAACCAGCUGAACAACCCAGAGGUGGCGGUGGACAUCACGAGACCAGACACUCUGAUUCGCCAACAGAUCAUGACACUCAGAGUGAUGACCAACAAGCUGAGAAACGCCUACAACGGCAACGACAUCUUCUUUCAGGACUCCAGUGACGAGGGUAGCGGCAGCAGCAGUGGCUGUACAGAGGGAUGUACCACAGAGUUUGUGUUUGUGGGUCCAGAGGCCCCCGUGGUGGGAGCAGACAGGAGUGAUGAGCGAGCUUCGGCUGCAGCAGGCAGCACCCCACAUCCCUCCAGACCCUCUCUACCCCUGCUACUGACCCUCUCUCUCACAUCCCUGUCCUGGUCCAGGAGAUAAUACCAGCUGGCCCGAGAGGACACCAGGACAUUACUGCUACUCUGACUCUGGCACCAAUCAGCCAGCCAGCCAGCCGGUCGUCAUACUAACUGUUAGUGUUCUCUAAUCGGAACCAGAACAGGACAACUCUUUCGGAUCCCCACCAUGAAGAGAUAUGGUGACAGUAGUAUACUGUAGUAGACUGAGGAGUGUUGUGAGUGCUGCAUCCUGCUGUGUCCCCAAAGAUCUCUCUGUUCUAAUCUGUUCUAAUCUGUUCUGCUCUAAUCUGUUCUGUUCUAAUCUGUUCUGUUCUAAUCUGUUCUGUUCUGUUCUAAUCUGUUCUGCUCUAAUCUGUUCUGUUCUGUUCUAAUCUGUUCUGCUCUAUUCUAAUCUGUUCUGCUCUAUUCUAAUCUGUUCUGCUCUGUUCUAAUCUGUUCUGCUCUAUUCUAAUCUGUUCUGUUCUAAUCUGUUCUGUUCUGUUCUGCUCUAUUCUAAUCUGUUCUGCUCUAUUCUAAUCUGUUCUGCUCUAUUCUAAUCUGUUCUGCUCUAUUCUAAUCUGUUCUGCUCUGUUCUAAUCUGUUCUGCUCUGUUCUAAUCUGUUCUGCUCUAUUCUAAUCUGUUCUGCUCUAAUCUGCUCUGUUUAAUCUGUUCUGCUCUGCUUUGUUCUAAUCUGUUCUGCUCUAUUCUAAUCUGUUCUGCUCUAAUCUGCUCUGUUUUAAUCUGUUCUGCUCUGCUCUGUCCCAUCUGUUCUGUUCCGCUUUGUUCUAAUCUGUUCUGCUCUAUUCUAAUCUCUUCUGCUCUGUUCUAAUCUGCUCUGCUAUAUUCUAAUCUGUUCUGCUCUAUUCUGCCCUGUUCUGCUCUAUUCUGCUCUAUUCUAAUCUGGUCUGCUCUAUUCUGCUCUAUUCUAAUCUGUUUUGCUCUAUUCUAUUCUAAUCUAUUCUAAUCUGUUCUGCUCUGCUCUAUUCUAAUCUGUUCUGUUCUGCUCUAAUCUGUUCUGUUCCAUUCUAAUCUGUUCUGCUCUGCUCUAUUCUAAUCUGUACUGCUCUAAUUUGUUCUGUUCCAUUCUAAUCUGUUCUGCUCUUCUCUGCUCGGUGACGUCCAGAACAGAACAUAGCGUCAGUGGGGCAGCCAAACUUCUCCCCUUUUCUCCAAACCAACCAACUGCUUCUCCCCUUAACUCUGAUUGAACAACAACAUGCUCUUUCUCUCCUGGAGAGACAGAAUGAGAACACAAUUUAGAGCGAUGAUGAUGAUGAU